AGACUGUGUACUGUACAAGACCUUUAAUAGCUAAUACCACGCUGUAUUUCUGGCAGUCAUACAAGUACUCCCAUAUAUCGUGGUCGUCGUGUAGAGAUCUAUUGUACAGAUAAUCUCUAUCAUUGAUCUGUCGCCAAAAGCUGUGUUGAGCAAUUCAAAACAAUCAAAUGCCCUGUAGUAACGGAAGCUGCAUGUGCAAGAACAACAAGACAGUUUAGUUUAGACUUGAUAGUCUAAAAAAUCAAUUUAUAGCUUAUGCUUAUAGCUAGCUUAUGCUCAGUGCUGCAACAAGUUAUUGUCCCAGAGCAAACUAAUUAUCAUGGAGAGAUUUCUAUGCAUUCUUGUUGCUCUGUGUGCCCUGUGCACUGUCAGCUACUCAAUGCAAGAUGACACUCUAUUGGAUGAUGAAGAUACUGAACAACAGAGAGGGAUGUUUACUCUGGAGUUAGACUCAGAGCUCGGCUGUAUUGACUGGCAAUCCUACCACCAAGACGUUCCAGUCAAGAGCAGUAUCUUAGAGGGCCUAAUAGCAGCCGUUAAUAACAGCUGUCGAUGUGACUUCACAAGACAUCACAUUGUACACGAUGCUAUCAACUGUGACCAACAUGCUCGCAACGUGUUCCUUUUGAACGGUGAAAUAAGUUUUAUGGCAAAUUCAGAGACAUCGCAUAUGCCUGACCUACUGAGAGGAGUGGAGGAGUGGGCGGGCUCUAGACCUGUGUUUCCAUUCGUAUUUAGUCCUGGUGAAGUGGUGAUGCCCACAACAAUCACCCUGACAAUGACAAAGGCAACCACAGGACUAAUCAACAGUGGUGACGGAGCCAGUGGGAGUGGAAGUGGGAGUGGGUACGCUGAUAUAGACGCCAUGGUUACGGUUACCCAGGCAACCACAUCAGAAGCACCUACUACUACCACUACCACUACAAUGAUUACUACCAUGGAAACAACUAGCGAUGAUGUUACCUCCAAACAAGUGAACGCAACUGAUCAAAUUCUACUACCAAUUGCAAUCAACUCUUGUUAUCCCGUUACUGUUUCCUUGGUUACCGUGAUACUACUUAUUGUAUGCUCAGCUUUUUUCACUUUUUGAUUUUGUACAAUUAUAAACACGAGUAAGAACAGAGACACUUUUUUUUGAAAGCAUUAAUUUUACAUAAUAUCACAUUUUGUUUACUCUCAUCCAUUCAUUUCACUCUCACCAUUUUACAUUGCAAUUAGUCAAAUGAAACAA